AGCAAGACCUUCUAGUAUGAACUAUAUGGUGGCUCCUGUAACUGGAAAUGAUGUUGGGAUUCGCAGAGCAGAAAUUAAACAAGGGAUUCGUGAAGUCAUUUUAUGUAAGGAUCAAGAUGGAAAAAUUGGACUCAGGCUUAAAUCAAUAGAUAAUGGUAUAUUUGUUCAGCUAGUCCAGGCAAAUUCUCCAGCCUCAUUGGUUGGUUUGAGAUUUGGUGACCAGGUACUCCAGAUCAAUGGUGAAAACUGUGCAGGCUGGAGCUCUGAUAAAGCUCACAAGGUGCUCAAACAGGCUUUUGGAGAGAAGAUCACAAUGACCAUUCGUGACAGGCCUUUUGAGCAGACAAUUACUAUGCAUAAGGACAGUACUGGAAACGUUGGCUUUAUCUUUAAAAAUGGGAAAGUAACAUCCAUAGUGAAAGAUAGUUCUGCAGCCAGAAAUGGUCUUCUCACGGAACAUAACAUCUGUGAGAUCAACGGCCAGAACGUCAUUGGAUUGAAGGACUCUCAAAUUGCAGACAUACUAUCAACAUCUGGGACUGUAGUUACCGUCACAAUCAUGCCUGCUUUUAUCUUUGAACAUAUUAUUAAACGGAUGGUGCCAAGCAUUAUGAAAAGCCUGAUGGAUCACACCAUCCCUGAAGUUUAACAGUUAGGACACAAUGGAAACAGCUGAGCGUCUCCAGUUUCCUUUCUCAACUACUUCUGUAUUAUGCACACGAAGCUUUCCCGGAGCCAGGGAGCAUAUGCUGCAUGAGGACCU